AUGUCCUCCCCAAAAAGUCUUCCAUUAACAAAAGAGGAGUUGAAAGAUAUCGAAUCGACCCUCAUUAAUAUAGUUAAGGGUGAAGUUAACUAUCUGAUAAAAAAUCGAGCCGGGGCCUAUUUCGAUUCAUACAAUAACAAGGCUAACGAUGUUGAUUUGGUAACUGAAAUUGACAAGAAGGUGGAAAAUAUAAUUCGAGAUGCACUAACUUUCAAGUAUCCUGCAUAUGGGUUCAUAGGUGAAGAGAGUUAUGUAAAGGGUGAGUCGCAAUUAGGCACGGAUAAAUUUUGGUGUGUAGAUCCUAUUGACGGAACAACAAAUUUUGUACACGGGUAUCCUAUGAGCUGCUGCUCGAUUGCACUAGUUGAAAAUGGGUUCCCUGUUGUUGGAGUUGUUUCCAAUCCAUCCUUGGGUCAGAUAUUUCAUGCAUCAAAGGGCAAUGGGGCAUUUCUAAAUUCUGAAGCAAUAAACAUUCUACCAAGGCAACUGAUCUUGCAAAAAUCUCUAGUGGCUUUCGAAGGGGGAGCUGAGCGUACUGAAGGGCCGGAUGGUAAUUUUGAUGCAAAAAUGGCAACCUUGAAGUCUUUGUUAAGUGACAAGGGAGCUCAUAUUCACGGCGUAAGAUGCACGGGUAGCGCAGCUUUGAAUAUGUGUUACGUAUCAAUGGGGCUGUUUGACGCUUAUUGGGAAUGCGGUGUCAACUCUUGGGAUGUAGCUGCUGGUGCUUGUAUCCUUGUUGAAGCUGGUGGAAUUCUGGUUGGCGGUAUGCCACAAGAUUGGAGAAUUCCAUUAGAUAAUCGAUGUUAUCUUGCCGUCAGAGGCGGUAGUAACCCUGAGGAACAGAGAUGGUUUGUAGAAGCAUUUUGGUCUCACGUGAAGGGAAGAAUAUCCUACUGA